ACUAGCUCAUUUUAGUGCUGCUCUCUCAGGGGUAAUCAGUGGUCUCAUCAGGAAAAAAAAAGAAGAAGAAGCUGUGGACGAUCCUCUAUGCCUUCAGGAAAACAUCACUGAAACAUUUGGGAAAUACAGGGGAGAUGAUUCUACAAUUUAACUUGCAGGGAUGCUGUGAACGGGAAAGUGACUGUGCAGAUGGAGUAGUUUGAAGUCUUCAGGAGAAAGGUGGUGCUCUAUCAGUGUAAGGUAGUACAAUCCAAACUUGUUACAGACUCAAUUUUGAGGUGGAAAGUAGUAAAGUUCUGAAGUUCCAUCUACAGAAUGGAAAUGAAAUCACAAUACAGUAAUUUAUUAGCGGAUGAAAUAAUGGAACCAGAAGCUCAAGGAGGAGAAAAUGGAGAAAAUGAAGAUAAGCAGGUGGUCUCAGAGAUCAUGGCAAGAUGUUUUUUUCCAUCAUUGAUAACAACUACUUCCUGGGAAGGUUUUCAUUUUGCUGGACAUGAGAUAAAAAUUACAGAAGCCACUGAUUGCUAUGGUGCUGUUGUUUGGCCCUCGGCUCUCGUUCUCUGUCACUUUCUGGAAACAAAUUCAAAGCAGUAUAAUCUGACUGACAAAAAUGUAAUUGAAAUUGGAGCUGGGACAGGACUAGUCUCAAUAGUAGCAAGUUUACUUGGUGCUCGAGUGAUUGCUACAGACCUGCCCAAUUUACUUGGAAACCUUCAAUAUAAUGUUUCCCGAAACACCAAAAUGAAAUGCAAACAUCAGCCUAAAGUGAAAGAGUUAUCUUGGGGGAUAGAUUUAGAGAAAAAUUUCCCCAGGUCUUCAAACCAUUUUGACUAUAUCCUAGCCACAGAUGUUGUAUAUUCUCAUCCCUUCCUGGAUGAGCUCCUUACCACCUUUGACCAUCUGUGUAAAGACACCACCAUUAUCCUCUGGGUAAUGAAAUUUAGGUUAGAUAAGGAGAACAAAUUUGUGGAUAGGUUUCAGGAAUUGUUUGACCUGGAAGAAAUUUCUAAUUUCCCUAGUUUGAACAUCAAAUUGUAUAAAGCAAUGAAGAAAAAAGGUAGGAGAGCCCAGAUAAGGAUCUGAAAAUACUGCCAAUGUAUAUUCAGGUAGAGAAGGGAGGGGAGCAAAAUUCAUUUUUCAUUUGCCUAUAAUCUGUUCUUCAACUUCAUUUCCUUUCAUUUGUUUCUAAACACUCUGCGAUUUGGCUUCUGACCUCAUCACUUAAUUGAAAUUGUUCUCUGCAAAAAUUCCAGUGAUCUCUGAAUUGCCAAAUCAAAUGGUUUGUUCUCAAUCCUGACUCCUGACUUUUCUGAAGCAUUUGCUACCAUUGAUUAUUUUCUCCUGGAUGCUUUUUUCUCUACGUUUUUGUGAUAUUACUCUCUCUCACUUCUGGCUGACCUCAUAUCUAUUUGACAAUCUCCUUUUACUUCUUUAUCCAUAUCAUGCCUUCACUAAUCAUGGGUGUUCUCCCAAACUGUCCUGGGUUGCCCUUUUUUUUUUUUUUUUCUAUAUACCAAGAGGUCUUAAUCCAGGGCUCAUUAAAUUAUUUAAAGACGUUUUGAAAACUUUUUAAUACAAUUGAUAUCCUUUUUAAUCCUAUGUAUAUUCUGUUUCAUGCAUUUAAAAACAUUAUUCUGAUAAGUGGUCCAAAGGUUUGCCCCUUUUUAAAGGGGUCCAAUAAUAUGGAAAAAGAAAAGUUUAAGAAUUUCUGCUCUUUCACUUUGGGAUUUCAAUUCAAUAAGCAUAUCUUUUCAGAUGAUUUCUGGCUUCCAGAAGGACACACACAGCUCCUUCCAGAUUUCCUUAGCUUCCUUAAACACACAAUUUGAAGUUUUCCUUCUUUAGGAGGUCUUUCCAGUCCCACCCUACUCCUAUUCUAGUUACUCAUAGCCUUACCUUUUGAACUGCCUUCAUCUACUCUGUUAGAUGUCUUGCGUGUGCCUAAUUAUUUACAUGUGGUAUCCCUCAUUACAAUGGAAGCUAAUUUGAGAGUAGAUGUUAUGAGGAGGGAAGUCUUUCAUGGUAUCUCCAUUGCUGAUCACAGUGCCUGGCACACAAAAAUCAUUUGUUUUUACUGAUUACUUUUCUAAUAGUAUUUUUUCCACUUUUCUAUAAAGAUAAUAGCAUCCAUUUUUAUAAUAUUUUGAGUUCCAAAUUUUUCUCCAUCCUUUCCUCCCAUCCACUUUUUCUAAAAUGGUAAGAAAUUUGAUAUGAGUUGUAUAUGUGCAAUCAUGUAAAACAUUUCCUGUUAAUCUCAGUUGUGAAAGAAGAAACAGACCAAAAGGAAAAAAAAAACAUAAAAAUAAAGUAAGUGAAACAAAUAAGUUUCAGUUUGCA